AAACUGUUUCCUGGUCUCCUGUCUCAUCAUCGUCAAAUGGCAGUAGGCCUGGACCCUGUUGGAAACUGUCAGUUCAGCUUUCAGUUCGUUUACAGUCUCAUUUUCACUUUUCGACGGCAGACGACAGCAGCUGUAGUUCGCCAUGAGUUUUCCUUUGAUGCGGCAACUGCUGCUACCCAAAAAGUCGGGACCCGUGACACAAGUGCGUCACCAUGCCCCAAUUGCGGGUCCACCACGAUUCCCCAUGUCGCCCGGCAAGAAGUUGAUUUUGGGCGGCGGCUCACUGCUGGUCAUGAUGAUCAUUCCCUUCUGGGCACUCUUUCAAAUUCCACGUUGGUCCAAGCUGCACAACGGCAUCGUGGAGGAGGAGGAAUCCGCGCCGGCUGAGGAGGAUCCUUCGUCAACGAAGGAUGAAAAAAACUAAAUGUCGACACUUGGGACUUGAUGUCCCUCCACACGUUGUAAACUUUUAAACGGUGACUUCUGAGGAGAGACUCUUUUACUGGGAUCCAACCUCUACACACCCACUAACUGUACACUCACACAAGAAACAAAAGUACAUGAAAAGUGUAACAUUUCCAGCGUACAAAUUGCAGUCAACGCUCAGCAACAGCGUGCCAUGUAGAGCGAUGUUAAUAAAGCGCGCAGAUCUUUCGUCUUAA